AUGGCGCCCACCUCAGAAGAUUCAGACCUCUUCCUCACCGCAUCUCGUGCCAAGAAUUCUUCCUCGUCCUUCCAGAUCCGCAGAGAAGGUGCCACAGCCACGAAACGACUUCAGCAAAGAAGUCCCAGAAUUUGCUCGUCAAGCUUCUCAAAUAUACCAGAGAAUUCAAGACUACCACCUCUACGACUUCAGGGCGCAGGCGCUCGGAGGUCUCGUCAUUCACGCAAACUGUCCACUCUUGAACCCAGCUCAGCGAAAGAUAUGUAUUCGUAUCAACAGAACGAUCUCACCGGACAGCUGGUUUACUCUGGCCACACAUCAGCCCCUAGGCCUGGCUCUCAGAACCCUCUCUACCCAGAGCCAUUUGAUCAGGCACAAGACCGCUCCACCCAGACUCAUCGUAACGAUUCAUUCAUCGAGCCACCCACGCCCUUUCGCGACACCUUCCUCAAUGGCACAGCUACUACUCAGUCACGCGUGUACUCACCAUCUCUGAGCUACAUGCCGGGUCCCAAUCCAUCACUCAACAUCUACCAGCCUCCGAGUGCAUACGACACCUUCUACGAGGAUCGCGAGAACGUUCUUCGAUCGCCAGCCCGUUUCGCACCUUACGAAGACGCCUCUUACCGCCCCAGCGACCAGUAUUCUCUGCCACCAUACCGUGAGAUCAGGGCGCCACACCAUCACUACCAGAACCGGCCGCAAGAUCGUCGUGCCGGAGAGCUUGAUGUGGAGGACUGGAACUCACCGAGCUACUUCCAGCAAUCACCCUAUCGGGAUUCCAGCGCCCCCUCCUCAUCACACACACGACAUGCCAGUAACCACUCGUGCUCUUCUCAGAAGUCCCCCUCUGAUGCACCACUAUGCCAGCCAGGCACGGACCAGGAUGACGACCCAGAUUGCCGCAUCAUCCAACAACGCAAGGUGAUCAAGCCACGCCCGCAGAUGACUCCACCUGCUACCGAUUCAGCACACUCAAGCCCACGCACCAAGAAGGCAAACGGCCUGUACUACAGCCACUUCGUUGAAGCAGAAGCAGCAGCCUUCAGCAGAGCCCGCUCCCUCCUCCAUGACGACGACUGGCCCGAGGUGAAAGCCAAUCCAGCCGAGCACGUUCUGAAGCUGCUCUCCGCAUUCAAAGGAGACUACGCCAAGCAGCCAGAACAAUUCGCCCUACCCAAGGCAAGCGACAAGAGCCGCUGGAUUGCCUACCAAGACGGCCACGUCGAGAAAAUGGACAAGUACGAUGACCGCACCCUAGAAGCCGCCUGCUGGGUUCUCCUCAAGCACCUCAUCGAGGCCCAUGAGCUCGGCAUGAAAGCCCUCCGAUACCACAAAGUUGAGAACAACAUCAAAUGCUCCGAUCACGUCGACCUCGUCGCUUCCGCGAUCCGCAAAUACGCUGUGAUCCGAUACGACGUCGUCCGUCUGCAACGUCUUGACGAGCUGGUGUGCUGCACCACCAGCGCCGUCUCCCGCAAGAUUGCUAACUUCCGGGGCAACUGGAAUAAAACUGAGCGGGAGAAUGAGAAUAAGCAGAAUGCAGAGGCACAUGGCAUCAAGUAUGUGCCCGUGCUUGGAGAUAAGAAGAAACGCACGUUCGCUUCUGCGCUCGGCGAUGGGUCGGGGGCGCCAGCGGUAAAGAAGAGUAGGGGUAAGAAGAAGGUGGGCAACGAUGAGUGA